UGAAGUCGGUUACUUUCCUGUAUGAAGAAGCGCGAGCGCUGCAGAGACGCGUUAAAUCUCCAGGCCGGGCCGGAGGGAGUGAGGGAGCAGCCGCCGCCGCCGCCGGGAAAAACGGCACACACGGAAUAAAGCAUCUCUGUUCUUGCACUGACGGCAAGGAACUCAUUGGAGCUGCAGGCCUGUUUAUGUGCUCAACUUUUAUGAAAAAGUAAUUGUCAUCAAUGAGGACACUGAGCAUGGCUGUGUUCAAGCAACAGAAAGUGGAGGAUUUUUAUGAAAUUGGAGAGGAGCUUGGAAGUGGGCAAUUUGCUAUAGUGAAGCAGUGUAAGGAAAAGAGUACAGGUGUAGAGUAUGCAGCAAAGUUCAUAAAGAAGCGCCAAAGCAGAGUGAGUAGAAGAGGAGUUCGGCGAGAAGAAAUCGAAAGGGAGGUGAACAUUCUACAGCAACUCCAGCACCCCAACAUCAUCUCACUGCACGACGUCUAUGAGAACCGCACCGAUGUGGUGCUCAUACUGGAGCUGGUAUCUGGAGGAGAGCUGUUUGACUUCCUGGCCCAAAAGGAAUCCCUGAGUGAGGAAGAAGCCACUGAGUUUCUUAAACAGAUUCUCGAUGGGGUCCACUAUCUGCACUCAAAAAAAAUUGCACAUUUUGAUUUAAAGCCUGAGAAUAUUAUGCUACUAGACAAAAAUGUCCCGCUGCCACGGAUCAAACUUAUUGACUUUGGAUUGGCACAUAAAAUUGAAGAUGGGGUCGAAUUCAAAAAUAUUUUUGGGACACCAGAAUUUGUGGCACCAGAGAUAGUCAACUAUGAGCCUCUGGGAUUACCAGCAGACAUGUGGAGUAUUGGUGUCAUCACAUACAUCCUACUGAGCGGUGCUUCCCCAUUUCUGGGCGAGUGUAAACAAGAGACACUGGCAAACAUUUCCGCUGUGAGCUAUGAAUUUGAUGAGGAAUUCUUCAGCAGCACUAGCGAGCUGGCUAAGAGCUUCAUUAGACAGCUUUUGAGUAAAGACUCAAGAAAGAGGCUCACAAUAGAAGGUGCUCUCAAACACCCAUGGAUAAAGCCUAAGGACUCUACACAAGCUUUGGUGCGCAGACGGUCUGUGGUCAACAUUGAGAAUUUUAGAAGACAGUAUGCUCGCCGCAGGUGGAAGUUUUCUUUCAGGAUUGUAGCUCUGUGUAACCAUUUGACACGUAUGAUGAAGAAACCACGAGACAGUUCAAAUGAUGUCCAAGAAGCUCUUUUUACAAGGGACUGUGAGAGUGACCAGGAGGAAGAAGUAUUACAAAGGAGGCCCAGGACCAGGAAGAGGAGCAGCACCUCCUGAAGCUCCAUAGGUUCCUCCAGCACGGAACAACGCAUCUUCUGUAGGCAAUAAGACACUAGUCUCAACAACACACUGAUGUGAAAGUCCAGGAUGUGUCUUUUUUACAGAUAUCUACCCCGUAAAGAAGGAGGGGCUGAGCCUUGGUUAGUGUAUGUAUGCCUUGGAGACACAGUUGAUGCAGAAUGGUUCAGGGAGUGCCAAUACUGAGAUCAUAAAAUAGUGUGUGUUAAAGCUGUGCAAUUAAUUACUGAACUUAAAGGGAUAAGUAAGAUUUUUACAUGUUUUAUAAAGCCCAUGAGUGCAAGGUUAAUGUGAAAAUGUUAAUAUUUUUGUGUUGUCAGUUUUCUGAAAUUCUGCCUUUUUUUAAAUGCUAUAAUGUUCCAGUUUUUUGUUUUACGCGAUCCUGUUAAUACGUGCCAUGAUAUUUUGUAUAUGAACUGCCGCACUGUUUUAAGUCACAACUGUUGUCCUGUAACAUACUGGUAAAGUUAAUAUUUCCAAUAGCAAAUAUUUGUCUACAAAUAUAAUGCAAAUGUUUGUAUCUUGUACGUAUGUACAGUACGAGUCAAAAAAUUGGACACACCUUUAUUAAUUAAACGAUUCUUCAUGUCUUAAAGUAAUGAUGGCGGUCGUUUCUCUUUACUUCGUUGAGCGGUUCUUGACAUAAUAUUGAAUAGGGCCAUUUACUGUAUUUUUAUUAUUUACUGUUUGAUCUCAAUUACAUUUAAGAAGGCAAGAAAUUGCACUAAUCAACUUUUGACGAGGUACCUGUUAAUUGAAAAGCAUUCCAGGUGACUACCUCAUGAAGCUGGUUAAGAUAAUGCCAAUAGUGUGCAAAGCAUCAAGGUAAAUGCUGGCUACUUUGAAGAAUCUAAAAUAUCAAACUUUUUAACACUUUGCCGCAUAAUUUCAUAGUGUUGAUGUCUUUAGUAUUGUAGAAAAUGGUCAAAAUACAGAAAAACCUAUGAAUGAUUAGGUGUGUCCAAACUUUUGGCUGGUACUGUAUGUAUAAAUUAAAUAUGAUGUGAGGUGACAGCCAUAAGUGGGAAUAUUUUCGUACUGUCUCUUACAUUUUAAGGUAAAAGGUCAAUGAAAAAGACGUGUCGGCCAUGACUUGUGCUUUUUUUUUUUCCCAUCGUGUUUAAAGACUGGAAUUGUCUUAUAAUGAAUUGCUUUAAUGAAAAUGUUUUCCAUAUUUUUGCAAUGUGCUACCUCAGAACACACUUCAAGGAAAAUGGGCACAGUGGUAUAGACUUCUAGCGUAUUUCUGAAUCUGCUUUGAGUCAUUUAGUGCUACUGAAAAAAGGUGCCCUGCCCUCACUCUUUACUAGUGUGGAAAUUGUGCUCAAGUGACAUCUUUGUUGUUGUAACUCCUGUUAACGUCAACUGAUGAUGUGCACGAACGCUUCUUGCAAAAACAUGCUGCUGUUCUGGCUAUGAGGUGCAAUAUGGUAUUUUCAGAGAUGAAAUGUAAUUAUAUAAAUAAAGAGAAGGUUCUCUGUCUUAAUUCAUCAAACAGCGCAAACUCAUAAAGUGCUUUGUCAGUACAGUAUCUCCCUGAUCCUUGGACCUGGGCACCUGGGAUUGGCGCUGUGUAUUUGUCCACUGUAUUAAGCAAGCAUGAUUGAUUGCAUUUUAAAGAACAUUAUAUUAUUAGCAUGUAUGGCCAUGCCUCAAACAUAUUUACAUUCUUUUAAAAUAAUCUGUUUAAAAUCCUGGUGGGGUUGCUUUGUAUUUCUAGGUUUAUCUAUGUUUUAUAAUAAGCUCUUUGUCCUGUCAUUUUCAUUUUGCUUGUAGUGUGUGUGUGUAAAGUUAAAAACUAGGAGUCUUUCCCAAUGUAAAUGUCCCAUAUUCUGUAUAAAGUGACCCAUAAAUGUUUGUUUUUAAUAUAUUUAUUAAAUGUCUUGUUUGUUCA